UUUAAUUCUUUAAAUUUCCCUUAUCGGUUCACAGCCUCCUCGAUUGUGCCCUGUCAUCGUGAUGAUCCCGAUUUAGAUAAUUGCAUCAUCAAAGCUGUAGACAAUAUAAGACCUCUAUUGGCUCAUGGAGAUUUAGGCGAUGGUUAUCAUUCUCCACCCUUAGAACCUCUCUAUCUAGACAACAUAGAAUUAGGAAGAGGUGGACAAUUUCAUGCGGUUUUCAGUGAUAUGGUGGUGAGAGGUGGCAGUAAUUUUAUUAUAAAUAAAUUAACAGCUAAUGCUUCAAAUCUGGCCUUUGAUGUGACAUUGACUUUGCCACGAAUUGAUUUUACCGCUAAAUAUCUAAUGAAACUUAAUAUUUUACUAUUGGAUUUGCAGGGGCGUGGCAAUGUAAAGGGUUAUGCGGAAAACGCUAAAGCUUUAGUUAAAAUACGCGGCGUACGAGUACCCCAAGAUGGCGUGGAAUAUGUCCGUUUCACAAAAUUGCCUUUGAAAAUCAAUAUUGAUGUUUUCAAAAUGCAUUUAGAUAAUUUAUUUAAUGGUGAUCGUGUUCUAGGUGAAGUGGGCAAUACAAUUAUUAAUGAUAAUCGUGAUUUGUAUUUGAAUGAAAUUAUACCCGGUCUGGAGAAGGGGCUGUCGAAAAAGUUCCUUGACAUUGCUAAUAUGUUAAUGGAAAAUACUACAUAUGAUGAAAUGUUUCCCAUGUAAAAUGGGAAUGUAAUUUAUUUAAUUUUGUUUGUAAUAAGUAUAUGAGCACGAGUUUAAUUGUUUUAGUUUACUUUUAAGUGGGUUUUUAUUAUUUUAUAAGAUUGUUU